CGAUUGUGUGAGUCAUGGUGGAAAAUUCGAGGCAAGCGUACCGAUGCGCAAAGAACAAGCAUAAGCGAAGAAGAUAAAGAUAUCGAUUAAAAUUUCUGCUACAAAAAUAAAUAUAUAUGUAACGCAUAUUGUAAAUGUCCUAAGUUAAGUGAUAUAAAUCAAAUAUUUGUGUAAAGUUUAAUAUUUUAAUACGCGUCGAAGUACAACGAGUGAGGCUACAAAAAAGCACACACUAAAGUGGAGUACUUGGCGAGCGCAAAUAACGGAAAUCAAAUUCGAAAUAAACGCUGCGCAAUAGACGGUGGUGUACAUAAGAGUUUAACAAAAUCCGAAUCAGAAUCAGUUGAAAGUGUGAUUUUUUUGAGCCUUUGUCUGUAAGUGAAGAGAAAGCUUUAAGCGGAAUUACAUCUAUAUAUAUAUAUAAAUAUAUAAAUACGAAGCCAGCCCGUCGCCAUUUUGAAAGUGAUUUUACAAUACACACACACACAUAUAUACACAGCUGCGAACACAUCCACACAUAACCCCAAAUAAAAUCCGAAGAAAAGAGCAAAAAAAAACACAAAGCAAACCCAUUUCCGCAACAUUUUAAAGUGAAACAUCCAAAUCAAGGCAACUUUUAAACCAAACUCAACCCAUUUUGUAUAUAACGCUUGUCGAAAUAUCGAAAUCUGUAUAACGAAGUGGCUGAGAAAACUGCGACACACACACGCUCGCACGCUCGUUGGUGUGAGAAGGUCUACGGCAAAAAAGAUCAGCACGGCUUGGAAUGCGAAAACAGCAGUUGAAUCAGCGAAGAACAGAAAGAGUUUGCGAAAUUAUAGCUAAGGAUAGCUUAACCGGAGUAAAAGAGAUAAAUCAACAGACUGAUAAACAAUACAUAACGUUACAAGUAAAACUAAAUAAAGUAAAGUAAACAGCAGCUGUACAUAAAACAUAAAGGAGAAGUGGAAAGCAGCUACGUGCUCAGCCGCCCGUCGCCCUUUUCGUUUCCAUUUUGGAGGUCAUCUCAACUUCGGCGACUAUCAGCUACCAAAGAAAAUAGAGCGGCGCAGCUACAUCAACAUCUCAAUAGCAAUAGCAGCAGAAGCAGAAUCAGAAACAGAAGGCGUUUGGUUUCGAUUUAUAAAGAAUUGAUUUAAGUGCGUGUGAUAUUUAACGUUAAGCAUUAAUUUAGCGAAUUAACCAAAAACAAAAAGGCAAAACAGCAGAAAUUUUAAUAAGAGAAAGAGAAGAGGAGAGCGGAGAGAGAGAGAUAUCGAUCCAGAGAUCGGAAAGCGACGAAAUUACUAUGACAUACUCGCACAAUAGCGUUAGGAACAACAUCAGAAUGACAACCGCAUCGGCCACCAAGUCCAUACGAUUAAAAAAGGGAGCAGCAUCAGCGACCUCCGCAUCCAACUCAUCCACCCCCUCGCCCACAUCCGCACCCGUCUCCCCCACAUCCGUAUCCGCAUCCGCACCAGCAACGCCCUUGGUAACUGCACAUUCCAACAGUAUUGCCAGCAGUACAAAUAACGCCCAAUUCCUGAGCUCCUCGCCCACGAGUCUCGGUCUUGGCCUGGGUCUAUCCGCCCUUGCCACGCCCCCCAACCAGAGGCAGCGGCAACUGCAGUCCCAAUCCCAGUCGACCGGAUCCAAGAACAAGUAUCAGCAGUCGCAGCAGCAGCGCCAGUCGCCGCAGCAGCAGCAGGGAUCCUCUGUAGGCGGUGGAGGCUUCUUCUUUGCCAACAACAACCGAAGGAACGGAGGAGGACGUUCGCCCCAGGGAGCUAUGCAGGUGCGGCAGUCACCAGCCACCAUUUUGGGUGGAGGCUUCUCGCCGGGAAUCGUCGGAGGAUCGGCUCGCAAGCAGAGGAAGAGCCCUUCGUUAGGCGGAAAGAUUUCGCCCCAGCACCAGAUGCAGAUGCAGCAGCAGCACCCACUCAUACCCACCGCACUGACGCAUUUCGCGGGCAGCAAGUGCUUUGAUGCACCAGCUCCAACGGCGCUGCCCAAGCCACCGCAGCACUGGACGUUGUCCAGGUCGGAGGGUAAGCUUCCCAUGAUGAUGCCGUCGAUGCCCAAGUUCCAGGUGCCGAUGCAGACAGGCCGCUCGAAGCGGAAUCUCCUCGAUGACUUCGACACGCACAACCUGAAGUUGCUGCUCAAUGUGCAGUCGUAACCACACUGGUGCUGGAGGAUCAGUGUCUGGAGCAGGGAAGCAGGAACAGGAUCUGGAUCUAGAGCUGGAUCUGAAGAUGGAUCUGGAGGACCGACAUGAAUGGCAAGAACACCCGGUGGACCCCGAACCCGUCAAUGAGUUGCAAAAAAAUCGAAAUGAACAUAAAAUCAACAAAAAAAAUUAACAAAAACACAAAACAAAAAA